CUACUCCCUCACAUCCCCAGGCUGGUGGCCUCUCUGAAGAAGGAGGACUCCAACUCUGCCACCAGCUCCCUGGAGCAGCUGUCCGAGCUCAUCCACUGCAUGUUCUUCCGCUUCUCAGGAUUUCCAGAUCUCUAUGAACCAGUCCUAGAAGCAAUUAAAGCUCUUCCUAUUCCAAAUGAAGACCGGAUUAAACAUCUCUUGGGACAAAAUGCUUGGACCUCCCAGAAGAAUGAACUGGCUUGCUUCUACCCACGCUUGGCGUCCAAAUCGGAGACGGGAAAGAUCGGGUUAAUUAACUUGGGAAACACCUGCUACAUGAACAGCAUCAUACAGUCUCUUUUCAUGGCUUCAGACUUUCGGCAUUCGGUGUUGAAUUUAACCGAGGGCAACUCCCAGCCCCUGAUGACAAAGCUCCAGUGGCUCUUUGCAUUUUUGGAGCACAGUCAGCGACCUGCCAUCUCACCCGAGAGUUUCCUCUCUGCCUCCUGGCCACCCUGGUUCACCCCUGGAGCUCAGCAGGACUGCUCGGAAUAUCUCAAGUAUUUGCUGGACCGAUUACAUGAAGAAGAAAAAACUGGAAAAAGGAUCUAUCAGAAACUCAAGGAAUCCAGUUUGAUGUCUCAGGCGGUCGAUCAUCAUUACUUAAACAAGACAUUGAUUGAGAAGAUGUUUGGGGGUAAAAUGAUGACAAAGAUCCGCUGCUUGAAGUGUCUGAAUGUCUCCUCCCGAGAAGAAGCCUUCACAGACCUGUCUCUGGCUUUUCCCCCACCAGACAGGCACAUACGUGUGAGCACAUCUGUUUUACCAGUGGAAGAAAUUGGCCCACAGUUUAUCGAGCCUCCUGAAAACCCAAGCCAGCUUACGGGGUCUCCCUGGGUCCCGAGGAAGGCCCCCACGGCCAGAGACCCUGCAGCCCUGCCAAUGCCGGUGGAAACGCUGGGUUUCCAGGAGCCAGGAGAAGCGGCAAAUACCAUAAGUGGUGAUGCCGUUGGCGUGGAUGCAACCAAAGACCCUCUCUUGGCUUUUGGGGAGCAGGCAUGUGCUCCCAAGGACUCCAGAUCCGUCCCAGAUUUAAUCAACUAUUUUCUAUCCCCGGAGAGACUGACAGCAGAGAAUAAAUACCACUGUGAGAAAUGUGCAUCCUUGCAGGAUGCUGAGAAGGUGGCGGAGCUGACGGAGGGUCCACACUACCUCAUCCUCACACUGCUGCGGUUCUCCUUCGACCCACGGACUAUGAAGAGGAAGAAGAUCUUGGACAACGUCUCCAUCCCCGUGGUGCUCAAGCUGCCCAUCCUUGUCACCCCGGAGGAAACCGAGGAGGUUUGCCGGCGUGGGAAGGACAGGCCUGCCCCGGGAAGUGGCUUCAUGUCUGUGGUAUAUGACCUCUGCAGUGUGGUGGUACACUCAGGCAUCUCCUCCGAGAGCGGCCACUACUACUGCUACUCCAGAGAUUGCACCGACACCAUCCCCUCCGGGCAGCCCCGGGACGGGGCACCGAAACCGGCCUCCGACAAGCAAUUGGACUUUGAAAUCCAGUGGUACCUCUUCAACGACACCAGAGUUUCCUUCUCCUCCUUUGAAUCGGUCAGCAACGUCACCUCUUUCUUCCCCAAGGACACUGCCUACGUCCUUUUCUACAGGCAGCGGCCGGGCAGGCAGAGCUGCCUGCUGCAUGAGGCUCUGGCUGAGGCCGGACGUCUGCACGGCGAACCCUCCCUCCAUAAGGACUUGAUGGAAGCCAUUUCCAAAGAUAACAUCCUCUACUUGCAGGAGCAGGAAAAAGAAGCAAGGAACAGAGCCGCCUACAUUUCUGCCUUGCCGAAAUCCCCGCUGUGGUGGAGAGACUUUGACAGGGACAAGGACGAUGACAACUCAUCGGGGGGCUGCAGCCCGGCGGCGGGCGGGGGUGGAUCUGGCUCCUUUCACGGACUCGUCUUCUAG